AUCUCCAUUGACAUCGGCGUCAGUGUUUACAUGUCGGUGUUUGUGAAGCGAUUUGAGUCUACGUUCGCGCGUGUUCCUUGAGCAUUUUCGCGGACAUGCGUGGCCACCAGCGCCCCGUCAAGACUGCCGUCGACUGUGUCUGACACGGCGAAGCAUCCUGUGAUCGUCGCUGGUGUACGACAGUGCGUCGUUUGACCGGCCGGGCGAUGUUCAGCGCAGAGGCGAUUAAGGAAGAGAUCGUGCAGACUACGGAGGCGCCGGAGAUGGCGGUAGCCGCCGAAAUCGAACCGCGAAAACUGAAAGCCAUCGUAGCCGUGCUCAGCAUAAUGGUGAAUGACUACGUGAGCAAACUGAGCACUCUUCUACAGCUGGUGCAUCGACAACGCAAGCUGCUCCACGCUCUGGCUGCGAUACGGCAAAAGAAAAGGGAGAAACCGAGGUCGUUGCCCCGCGUGCCGGUCAACUGCUGCCCGGCCGUGCGCAACCUCCUGCUGGACUACCUGCACAACGAGACGCUGGCCUUCGAGCGCCACUUUCGUAUCGGCCGUGGCACCUUCCGGCGCAUCUUGUCCGUCUUCGCGCGGCCUCGGGUGUCGGGCUGGGCGCGCGAGCUCGAGCUGCUCAUCUUCCUCCACUGGCUCGCCAUGGGGACGUCGUACCGCGCCAUCGUCAACACCUUUGGAAUACCGCGCUCAACGAUUCAUGGUGUGGUGUUCCGCUAUGUCAACAACUUUGCCAACCAGCUGAGCAUGCUGAUCCAGCCACCUCAGACCGAGGCGAAGUUACGCGUCGUGACCGAGGGUUUUUCGACGCUGUGCUCCAGCGAAAGCUUCGGCGCUGCCGCGGGAGUGAUUGACACUUGCCGCAUCACGACGGCGCUGGGCGAUACCUCCGUCCUUGUACAAGCACUGUGUGAUUCGCACGGCCACUUCCUGGACUUCUCGGUGGGAUACCCAGCAACCAUGGAUCCGGCCGACGUCUUUCAGGCCAGCCCGCUCUAUGAGAAGCCCAGCUAUCCACCGCAGGGAUACUUCCUGAUUGCUGGCGAGGGCUACCCAUGCCUCACGGAGCCGUUAACGGUGAUGCCACCGUUUCGCAAGCCACUCCAAAACGAAGCAGAAGCCAGCUUCAACGCUAUCUGCAACCGAGGCCUGGCAGUGCUUCACGACGCGCUGACCCAAUUGACUGGACGAUGGAGACUUGUGUUCGAGAGGCGUCUGUCAACAGUGAGACAGCGCACAGCAAAGGUAGUGGCAAUCUGUGCCAUGAUCCACAACCUGUGCGUGGACGAAGGUGACGUCUGGUAUGACGUGUCGGACGAGCCGUCUCUGAGUAUGGAGCCCGCGGGCGACUUUUCCUGGUGCGUGCCGGGCGACGAGGAGCUAGACGAUGAAGCGGGGCUCAUCGCACGAUCUAACCUAGCACAGACACUACUGUCUGAAAACACCCCAUGCCAGGUGCAGCUGGAGCACGACUACUGCGGACCCGAGGACGAGUCUCUUCCCGAGGAAGACGACGAGGCCGUCAUGGAGGUGUGCCUGGAAGAUAACGUCGCGGACGAGCAGGAACCCGUCGAGGUGUACAUCGAGCAGUCACCAGAAGAAGGCGCAGAGGGCGUCAUGAAUGAGGAUUACCAAGUCGCCGCCGAAAUGACCCUAUGACUAUUAAAGACUCGCAAAUUGUACAGACAAAAAAAAAACUGUGUGAGUUGUCUCUCGUUUGUCACCUUCUUGCAGUCCCAUGACAUGAGCACUGGUCCUGCAUAAAGGAGCAUUCUAAGACACACAGUUUAGUGGUGGAAUUAUCGAAUAAAUUACUGCGCAAAUGAGCA